AGCCAAUUGCCUUCUCGAGAAGCGGCCUUCGCCCGAGAAGUGUGUCCUUCGCGCUCUGCCGUCCCUUUCCCGGAAGUGGCCUCCCGUUCGGUCGCUGAGGAGACUCCCGAGGCGGCGGGAUGGAGCCCUGGGUCCGGUUCAGCGCCCAGAGCCAGGCCAAGGAGCGCGCCCUCAGGGCUGCCCAGUAUGCCUGCACUUUGCUUGGCUACACCCUCCGAAAGAAUGGGGCCAGCCCCGGCUUCCUGGCGAGCGUCACGCAGCUCGAGGCCCACCUCAGCCUCGGCCGCAAACUCUUCCGCCUGGGGAACUCGGCCGAGGCGCUGGAGGCGGCCAAGAGGGCCAUCCACCUCUCGGACGUGGUCCUGCGCUUCUGCAUCACGGUCGGCCACCUCAACCGGGCCAUGUACUUCGCCUGCGACAACAUCCUCUGGGCCGGGCGGGCCGGCCUCGUCCCCCACAUGGACCAGGAGAAGUGGAGCCAGCGCUCCUUCCGGUACUACCUCUUUGCGCUGAUCCUGAACCUGAGCCGGGACGCCUAUGAGGUCCGGCUGCUGAUGGAGCGCGAGGUCAACGGCCGGCCUUCCCAGAAGACGGCGGCCUCCUCCGUGGCGUCCGGGGGCCACGCCAGCGAGGUCCCCGCGGGGGGGCGGUCCCCCGGCCUGCAGCGCCUGGCCCUGCGCGUCCGGCUGCAGCUGCGCCUCCUCUCCCGCAUCCUGCGCAACAACCCCCCGCUGCUGCUGGACCUGGCCAAGAACGCCUGCGACCUCUUCAUCCCGCUGGACAAGCUGGGCCUCUACAAGACCGGGCCGGGCUUCGUGGGCCUCUGCGGCCUGGCCUCCUCCGUCCUCUCCAUCCUGGCCAUCCUCCACCCCUGGCUCAAGCUCAAGCCCUGAGCGCCGCCCGCCCCGGGGACUCUAGGACCGCUUGGGCCUUCUCAACAAGGACCUUGACCCUCGGGGGCCGCCGUAGUCGACCUUACGAUUCAGAUCAGAUUUGGGGUGAUCCGUUCCUUGGAUGUCUUUCUUUGACCCCCAAUGGCUCACAAGUGACCUCUGGAUAUCAAUAUUUGGGACGAUCUGCUCAUUGGAAUGAAGGCCGUCUUCAAGUUUGACCCCAAUGGCUCAUGGAUGACCCCCAGGUGACCUCUGGGUAUCAACAUUUGGGACGAUCCAUUCAUUGGAUAUCUUUCUUUGACCCCCAAUGGCUCACAAAUGGCCCGAAGUGACCUCUGGGUGGGACGAUCCACUCAUUGGAAUGAAGGCUGCCUUUGAGUUUGACCCCAACGGCUCAUAGAUGACCCCAAGUGACCUCUAGAUAUCGAUAUUUGGGACAAUCUGUUAAUUAGAAUGAAGGCUGUCUUUGGGUUUGACCCCAAUGGUUCAUGGAUGACCCCAAGUGACCUCUAGGUAUCAAUAUUUGGGACGAUCCAUUCAUUGGAUGUCUUUCUUUGACCCCAAUGGCUCACAAAUGACCUGAAGUGACCUCUGGGUAUCAAUAUUUGGGACAAUCCACUAAUUGUAAUGAAGGCUGUCUUCGAGUUUGACCCCAAUGGUUAAUGGAUGACCCCAAGUGACCUCUAGAUAUCAAUAUUUGGGGUAAUACAGUCAUUGGAAUGAAUGAGGUCUUUGAGUUCGACACGAUUGGCUCAUGGAUGACCCCAAGUGACCUCUAGGUAUCAAUAUUUGGGAUGAGCCAUUCAUUGGAUGUCUUUCUUUGACCCUAAUGACUCACGAAUGACCCAAAGUGACCCCUGGGUAUCAAUAUUUGGGACAAUCCAUUCAUUGGAAAGAAGGCUGCCUUUGAGUUUGAACCCAAUGGCUCACGGAUGACCCCCAAGUGACCUCUAGGUAUCAAUACUUGGGACGAUCCAUUCAUUGGAUGACUUUCCUUGACCCCAAUGGCUCGCGAAUGACCCAAACUGACCUCUGGGUAUCAAUAUUUGGGACGAUCCACUCAUUGGAAUGAAGGCUGCCUUUGAGUUUGACCCCAACGGCUCAUGGAUGACCCCAAGUGACCUCUGGGUGUCAAUAUUUGGGAUGAACCAUUCAUUGCCUUUGAGUUUGUCCCCAAUGGUUAAUGGAUGACCCCAAGUGACCUCUAGAUAUCAAUAUUUGGGGUAAUACAGUCAUUGGAAUGAAUGAGGUCUUUGAGUUCGACACCAGUGGCUCAUGGAUGACCCCAAGUGACCUCUGGGUAUCAGUAUUUGGGAUGAACCAUUCAUUGGAAUGAAGGCUGUCUUUGAGUUUGACCCCAAUGGUUCACGAAUGAUCCCAAAGUGACCUCUGGGUAUCAAUAUUUGGGGCGAUCCACUCAUUGGAAUGAAUGAUGUCUUUGAGUUUGACCCCAAUGGCUCAUGGAAGACCCCCAAGUGACCUCUAGAUAUCAAUAUUUGGGACGAUCCAUUCAUUGGAUGACUUUCCUUGACCCCAAUGGCUCGCGAAUGACCCAAACUGACCUCUAGGUAUCAAUAUUUGGGACAAUCCACUCAUUGGAAUGAAUGAUGUCUUUGAGUUUGACCCCAAUGGCUCACGGAUGACCCCCAAGUGACUUCUGGGUAUCAAUAUUUGGGGUAAUACAGUCAUUGGAAUCAAUGAUGCCUUUGAGUUCAACCCCAAUGGCUCAUGGAUGACCCCCAAGUGACCUCUGGGUAUCAAUAUUUGGGAUGAACCAUUCAUUGGAAUGAGU